AUGGAUUAUUUAUUAAAUAAUAUUGAGGUAGAGAUAGACUUAGAUUAAAGUGACGAUUCAUCGAAUUAGAUAUGUUUUAAGGUAUAUAAUAAAAAUCUGUAAACUUUUUGGAUGGUUGAACAUAAAUGUGAAGAAAUACAAAGAUUUGGAUUAGAUGUUUUUAAUUCUUAAAUGCCUGAGGAAAGCAAUGAAAGAUUUCAAUGGCUAAUGGAUUUAUGCAAUAAGGUUAAUAAGGUUUAAAAUAAUGAACAAUGCAUACUUGAAUUCUUUAAAUCAAAACCAAUUGAGAUGAAAAGAAAGCAAUCAAAAAAAAGAAGUCUUUCAACUUUUAGUCAUUUGUUAAAAAUGUCAUGUAUUGAAGAGACUAGAACUCAUAGUAGAAACACUGUAUCAACUAAGUAAAAACAAUACACUUAAAUAAUACUGGAAAAUUCAUCUAGAUUUUGUGAUUUGAAAACAACUCGAGAUUUUAUUGAUUUAUUAACCUUGUUACAUUAUAGAGAUAUUAAAAAAGUUGGAUCUGGAGCAUAAUCCUAAGCAUUCAAAGCCCUUAAUUAACAUGAGCAUUUGGUGGCUGUGAAAAUUUCUCAAAACACUUAAGAAAAUCUAUAUGCAGCAUUAAUGUAAAGACAGAUAAAUUAGGACGUGGCAGAAAACUUCGUAGGAAACUACUUGUUUUAGUAUCAAAUCUUAGAAGUGGAGGACAUUUUAAUCAUAGAAGAAGAAUUAGCACAAAACACUUUGGAAGAUUUAAUUGACAAAAAAUAAAAUCAGAAAGAGAAUUUCACAAAUGAUGAGAUUCUGCAAAUCAUCAAAGAUAUUGUUGAUCAAUUAUACAAUCUGCAUAUUGGGAGAUGUAAACAAUAUCCAUUAAUAAUUAAUAGAAUCGGCUCACAAUGA